UUCACUCCAGCCAUCCGGCCUUUCCUGCAGACCAUUUCCAUCGGGCUGGUCUCCUUUGGGGAGCAUUACAAACGCAAUGAGUCAGGGAUCGGCGUGGCUGCCAGCUCCCUCUUCACUGGCGGCCGCUUUGCUAUCGACCCGGAGCUGCGAGGGGCUGAGUUUGAGCGGAUCACCCAGAAUUUGGAUGUGCAUUUCUGGAAGGCCUUCUGGAACAUAACGGAGAUCGAGGUCCUGUCGUCUCUGGCCAACAUGGUGUCAGCCACGGUGCGGGUGUGCCGGGCCCUCAGCUUGCCCCCUCAAGCCUUCGAGCUACCCCUGGCCAACAACCCCCAACUCAAUGUCACCAUCUCGCCUCCAGUGGCCCACACAGGCCCGGGCCCUGUGCUGGUGCGACUCAUCUCGUACGACCUUCGCGAGGGCCAGGACAGCGAGGAACUGAACAUCCUGGCCCGGUCUGAGGGCCCCCGGACCCUGGAGCUGUGGCCUCGCACCCACCACGCCCCGCGCUCCAAGUCUCUGGUCAUCCACAUCCAUGGCGGUGGCUUCGUGGCGCAGACUUCCAAGUCCCACGAGCCCUACCUCAAGAGCUGGGCCCAGGAGCUGGGGGUGCCCAUCCUCUCCAUCGACUACUCCCUGGCGCCCGAGGCCCCCUUCCCUCGGGCCCUGGAGGAGUGUUUCUACGCUUACUGCUGGGCCCUCAAAAACUGUCACCUCCUGGGCUCGACGGGGGAGCGGGUGUGCCUGGCGGGGGACAGCGCUGGCGGCAAUCUCUGCUUCACUGUGUCCCUGCGGGCAGCGGCCUACGGUGUCAGGAUGCCCGACGGCAUCAUGGCUGCCUACCCAGCCACGAUGCUGCAGGCCUCGGCCUCGCCUUCGCGCCUCAUGAGCCUCAUGGACCCCCUGCUCCCCCUCAGCGUCCUCUCCAAGUGCCUCAGUGCCUAUGCCGGCGUAGAGCCCGAGGUCCAGGAGGCCCAGGAGCAGCAGGCCCUGGGCGUGAUGGGGCUGGUGAAGAGGGACACAGCCCUGCUGUUCCGGGACCUGCGGCUGGGGGCCUCCUCCUGGCUCAACACCUUCUUGGAACUGGGAGGCCGGCGACCCGCUGACAAAUCCCCGCCAGCAACAGAGACCAUGCGCCGGAGCGUGUCCGAGGCUGCCCUGCAGGAGCCCCCCAGCCUCCCCAAGGACUCCACUAAAAGUCUGACCUUACAAGACCUGAGCCUGGUGGGGGGCCCCACCCCCCCGGUCCUAUCCUCGUCAGAAGAGACCCUGCCAUCGGCCUCUCAGGAGGUGAGCUUCUUCCUGCCCCCCUCGGGGGCCGAGGACAAUGCCACGGAGGAGAAUGAGGACGAGGAGGAGGAGGAAGAGAGCGGGGAGAAUGUGGGCCACCUGGGCUCUGCCUUCCCCCACGGCUUCCAGCCCCGGCGCUCCAGCCAAGGCAGGGCCAACCUGUCCCUGCAGAUGUCCCCCAUUGUCAAGAACCCCUUCAUGUCCCCGCUGCUGGCCCCUGACUCCAUGCUUCAAUCCCUGCCCCCCGUGCACAUCGUGGCCUGCGCCCUGGACCCCAUGCUGGAUGACUCGGUGAUGUUCGCCCGCCGCCUUCGGGGCCUGGGGCGCCCCGUGAGCCUGCGGGUGGUGGAGGACCUGCCCCAUGGUUUCCUGAGCCUGGCAGCCCUGUGCCGCGAGACCCGGCAGGCCACCACACUGUGCGUGGAGCGCAUACGCUUCAUCCUUACGGGGACAGAGAUGCAGACGCCCGCGGUGCCCACCAAGCCUCAGUGGUCUGAGCAGUCCCAGACCAAGCAUUGCCCUCAGACCCCAGCCUCAACCACGAGCUCGCCCCCCGGCCCGCGGAGCCCAGGCUUGCCUCAGGCCCAGCCCUCCCGCCACUCGGGCCUCAGCCCUGCCCUCUCCUGACUAAAGGCCUCUGCUCUCUCUUGGUCAAUUUUGUUUUGCACUAAAGACUCG